GUGUUUCUUCUCGUCGGAGCAAUUUAGCGGUAACCCGACACACCGCGCACAGAGAGAGGAAGUUCCGGUGUCGGCGCAGGUCUUACAGAAUCGAUUAGAGGGAAGCGGAUCAGAUCAGCUCGAAUCGGUGUAGCGAGAGUCCAAUCGGGACUGGGAACCGGAACCAGAACCGAAGUCGUGUCGCGAAAGAGGGAGAGGGGCCGCGGGAUAGACUCGCACAGAGCAAAGGCACGCUGCGGAGGAGAGACGGCGGGAGUGGAGGCUUUGUGUCCACAGUCUCACGCAUCCAUCCAUCCAUCCAUCCAUCCAUCCGUCCUGCACAGCAGACUGCAGGAGGCCGGCCAGAGAGACCCAGAGCGGCGGGCUCAGUGGAAUCGAGUCCCAGGAAUGGCUGCAGCUGCGGCGCCGGGAGAGGGGCCCGAUCUUAUCGAUAUCUACGCCGAGGAAGAGUUCAACCAAGGCGGCGCGGAGGAUGUGGGGUUUGCAGGCGGGGCGGAGCAUGUGGAUCUCUAUGAUGACGUGCUGACGGGCCCGGUGGGGGGUCGCGAGGGGGGACCCCCCUCCUCGGAGAAGGACGAGCCCCCCAGGUCUGAGAGCAAGCCAGCCAUCCUGUACACCUACAGCGGGCAGCGGCACAAGAGACUGGCGGUGUACGUAGGAAACUUCUCCUGGUGGACGACGGAUGUGGAUUUGGUUAACGCUGCCAAGUCCAUUGGAGUGAAGGACAUCCAGGAGAUCAAGUUUGCAGAGAACAGAGCCAACGGACAGUCAAAGGGCUAUGCGGAGGUGGUGGUGGGCUCGGAGCCCUCUCUCCACUCGCUGCUGGAGUUUCUGCCACAGCGCAAGGUGAAUGGAGACCGGGUCGAGGUGCGAUUCGCCACGCGCCAGAACUUCAGCGUGUUCGAGACACAGGCCAAGAAACUGGGCGUGUCCCAGAGGAAUCCCUCGAAGGACUCUGCUGAUUUCGGGGACAAGCCGUCCUGCUCCUCUGGAGAGACCCCCCCCCCUUCCCAGCCUCACGCUGACACGCCCCCCUCGCUGCACCCCUUCUACAGCAGACCCCCUUUCCCAGGGGAGCGCCCCUCCUCCUUCCCCCCUCCCCGCCUGCCCCCUCCCCACAUGCAUCCACCUCCAGGGGUGCCCAGGUUCGGGGCGAUGCCUCCCCCCCCUCCCCUUCACAUGCCCCACUUCGUGCCCCCUCCCCUCCACCUCUCCAUCCCUCCACCCGGCUCCCUCCCGCCCACUCUGCACCUAAACCCCGCCUUCUUCCCCCAGUCCCACCCCGCCCACUCUAGCAUGGCCCCCCCCCCAGCCACUGCAGAGCACUUCAACCGCGCCCCCCCAGGACACCCCUACACCCGACACAGGGAGAGCGACCCCCCCACGCCCCCCCUCGGCGAGGCGGAGUUCGAGGAGAUCAUGCAUCGGAACCGCGCCAUCUCCAGCAGCGCGAUCUCGAAGGCCGUGUCCUGGGCGAGCGGGGGGGACCUCGCCGGAGCCAUCGAGACGCUGCUCACCGCCAUCGCCGUCAUCAAGCAGUCCAGGGUCUCGAGCGACGAGCGCUGCAGAGUGCUGCUGUCCGCACUGAAGGACUGUCUGCACAGCAUCGAGGCCAAGUCAUACGGGUCCAGGAAGCGGCCGCGCUCCCACUCUCGCACUCACUCUUGGGACUCGGCCCGACGGCACCGCGAACGUUCUCACAGUGGGGAGCGGCACGACGAGCAUCACCGCGAGGGAGAGCGCAACCGCGAGGGAGAGAGGGACCGGCACCACCAGCACCGGGACCGGGACCGGCACCGCUAGGUACAGCAAAUACAACCAGAGCACCGCUAGAUUUCCAUCCAACACUCACCCCGACACCUGACUCCCAUCCCCCAAUGUGAGAGAGGAGAGAGAGAGAGAGAGAGAGAGAGAGAUGACUGCUUUACCUCAGAGAGAGAGAGAGAGAGAGAGCGCAGACGCAGUUGGGGUAAGAAGAAUGUGGCUUGACAUCAUCAACCAGAACAAUGACAGACACCCAGCAAUAUCAACUGUGAAUAAACAUCGAGAGAGUGAAGGAGGGAGCGCCCCCGACAGGCUGAGCCCUGAACUGCGCCCGCUACUGGAAACCCAUGGGACUGCUUCGUUUGAAGGCUAAAGACUUCCAAUUGCAACCGCUGCUCGAUGAUCAAGAUUUCUUUUUAGUGGUUGUGAAAGUCGUGUUGUAAUAAUUCUGGAUGAGACCCUCCCUCCCAAAAUACCUGUGGAGUCCCUGGAACAGCAAAGAUUCUGCCAUCUCGUUUAGUGUGUGGUUGAGGAGCGGGGGGGCUCUCGUUUAGUGUGUGUGGUUGAGGAGCGGGGGGGCUCUCGUUUAGUGUGUGGUUGAGGAGC